CGGAAACUAGUUCUCUUGGUUCGUUUUCAUCAAUUUAUUGUUAGUUUACGCUCGAUUCUGAACUAGUCACUUCUUGUAUUUAAAAAAAAAAAAGAAAAAAAAAGAAACGUUCAAAAAAUGGGGAAGGAGGAUCCAGAGACGACUGCCCUGAAAAAAGAACUCGAAGAUUUAAUCAACAAGUGCAAGGAAGAUCAGAAAAAGCAACAAGACACCACAUUGGAAGAAGCAUGCGGAAGUGUAGGUGAUGCUCCAAAAGUGAAAAUGUCAACAAAAAAAAUGCUGAAAGGACAUAUUAACAAAGUGAAUUCAGUUCAUUACAGUGGAGAUAGUAGACAUUGCGUGACAGGAUCAUUGGAUGGAAAAUUAAUUAUUUGGGAUUCAUGGACAGGAAAUAAGGUUCAAGUUAUUCCAUUACGAUCAGCGUGGGUAAUGUCUGUUGCAUUUUCUCCCUCGGGAAAUUUUGUGGCUUGUGGUGGAAUGGAUAACAUGUGCACCGUUUACGAUGUUAAUAAUCGCGAUUCCACUGGAUCGGCUAAAAUGGUGCGCGAAUUACUUGGCUAUGAAGGAUUUCUUUCAUCGUGUCGAUUCCUCGACGAUAAGAAAUUAAUUACCGGUUCCGGUGAUAUGAAAGUAUGUAUAUGGGAUUUGGAGGCAAAUAAAAAGACAACAGAUUUUUGUGCGCACGCUGGAGAUGUUUGCACCAUGAGUUUGGGACCGGAUUUUAGUACCUAUGUAACUGGCUCAGUUGAUAGAACUUGCAAACUUUGGGAUAUGAGAGAAGAAAACGCAAAACAGACAUUCUUUGGACACGAAUCGGAUGUUAAUUCCGUUUGUUAUCAUCCCUCGAGUAAUGGUUUUGUAACAGCCUCCGAAGAUAAAACAGCUCGGUUGUGGGAUUUACGAUCGGAUCAACAGCUAGCAACAUUCAAGCCACCAAAUUCAAAUCCAGGAUUCACAUCAUGUUCUCUUUCUCUCAGCGGUAGAUUUUUGUUCUGUGGUAGCGAUGACAAUUCAAUUCACAUCUGGGAUACCUUGAAAAAUCAGCAUAAUGGUAUACUUUCUGGACAUGAGAAUCGAGUGACUUCCAUUUGCAUGGCUCCAAAUGGUAUGGCAUUGGCAAGCUGCUCCUGGGAUCAACAUGUUAGAAUUUGGGUCUAGAUAAAUUUUUUUUUUUUCACACACAUACACACACAUCCCCUGUAAUAUCUUGACGAACAAAAACAUUUAUGUUUAUCAAUUUAUUGUAUACUUUUGAGAAAAAUAAAAAUACGAAUUGUGUGAUUUAUA